GACACAGUUCCCAAGAUGUCCCACGCAAAGGGUAAGGAUACUGGCUCUGCCCACAUCCAGUCGCAGCAGCUCCAUGCUGCCAUGGCUGACACCCUCCUGGAGCACAUGUGUCUGCUGGACAUUGACUCUCAUCCCACCGUGUCCCGCAACACCGGCAUCAUCUGUACCAUCGGACCAGCCUCCCGCUCAGUGGAGACGCUGAAGGAGAUGAUCAAGGCUGGGAUGAACAUCGCUCGUAUGAACUUCUCUCAUGGAACUCACGAGUACCAUGCUGAAACCAUCAAGAACGUUCGUGAUGCCACAGCGAGUUUUGGACCUGGAAGUGUUGACUACAGACCUGUGGCUAUUGCUCUGGACACUAAGGGCCCAGAGAUCAGGACUGGACUCAUCAAGGGCAGUGGCACUGCAGAGGUGAGCCUCAAGAAGGGUGAAAAAAUCAAGCUGACCUUGGAUGACGCUUUCAUGGACAACUGUGAUGAACACAACCUGUGGCUCGACUACAAGAACAUCAUCAAGGUUGUGCAGAAGGACAGCAAGGUUUACAUUGAUGAUGGCCUCAUCUCUCUUAAGGUUUUGGAAGUCGGUAGCAACUUCCUGAACUGUGAGAUUGAGAAUGGAGGCAUGCUGGGUAGCAAGAAGGGUGUGAACCUGCCUGGUGCUGCUGUCGAUCUUCCUGCUGUGAGUGAGAAGGACAUCCAGGACCUGCAGUUUGGCGUAGAGCAGGGAGUCGACAUGGUCUUCGCCUCCUUCAUCCGCAAGGCUGCUGACGUGCACGCAGUCCGCAAAGUUCUGGGAGAGAAGGGCAAGGACAUCAAGAUCAUCAGCAAGCUGGAGAACCACGAGGGCUGUCGCAGGUUCGAUGAAAUUCUGGAGGCUAGUGAUGGUAUCAUGGUUGCCCGUGGAGACCUGGGCAUUGAGAUCCCCACAGAGAAGGUGUUCCUGGCCCAGAAGAUGAUGACUGGUCGCUGUAUGAGGAUUGGCAAACCCAUCACCUGCGCCACACAGAUGCUGGAGAGCAUGGUGAAGAAGCCCCGCCCAACCCGUGCUGAGAGCAGUGAUGUAGCCAAUGCUGUGCUGGAUGGUGUAGACUGCAUCAUGCUGAGUGGAGAGACAGCUAAGGGAGAUUACCCCGUGGAGGCUACGCGUACACACCAUAUGAUUGCCCGUGAGGCUGAGGCGGCCAUGUUCCACAGGCAGAUGUUUGAGGAACUGCGACGUACCACCCACCUGACCCGUGACCCCUGUGAGUCCGUUGCCAUCGGUGCUGUGGAGGCCUCCUUCAAAUGCUGCGCCAGUGCCAUCAUCGUACUUACCAAGACUGGCAGGUCCGCCCACCUGUUGUCCAGAUACAGGCCCCGUGCUCCCAUCCUGGCUGUGACACGUAAUGAGCAGGCUGCUCGCCAGUCUCACCUGUACCGUGGUAUCUACCCUAUCCUUUACAACAAGCCUGCCAACGAUGUCUGGGCAGAGGACGUUGACCAACGCGUCAGCUUCGCCAUGGAGAUGGGCAAGCACCACAAGUUCUUCAAGUCUGGUGAUGUGGUGAUUGUUGUCACCGGGUGGCGCCCUGGCUCUGGCUACACCAACACCAUGCGUGUUGUUCUGGUGCCUUGA